AUGACAAGGCUACGAGUAGCAUGCGACGGCCUCUCAGAUCGCAUUCGUGAAGUUGCAACCGGAGCCGACAGUCACACAUGGGAGCUCAGCCCUGGCGCCACAUGGUCUGCCUCUGCUGCCCGCCCACUGCUCGAUGACAGCAUUCCCAUCACCUGGUUCAGCUGUGAUAGCCCUACCCAACGCAGGAACCGUCCCGUCGACGUCACACUACUGGACGCCCACGAUUAG